AAAAUUCAGACUGGAAAAGAGAACUGCAAGCGAAGCUUUCAGCUGAUCGCACUGAUGUGGAUGAAUGCGCUUUAAUUUCUUCCAUUGUUAAUGAAAAAGCUUCAGUAAAAGAGAGCUCCGAGGGCAAGUUGAGGUUAUAAACAAGGAUUAAUGUGUGAUGCUAACCACCAUUAGGGUUAUUUAUGUCAGUGCCAUUUCUGUCUGCAUUGCAUGCUGCUCUCUCUUCUCUCUCCCUCUCUCUCAGCAAUAAAGACCACGGUCUUUUGGUGUAGCAUAAUACUAAAGCUCGAGCGGGGCAUGAGAUGGACGGGUCGAUGGGAAUGAGAGCUUGAGCGUUUGGCAGACUGCAGGUUGAGUCUCAGUCGUGCGAUGGGCCGGUCGCCGUGCUGCGAGAAGGUGGGGCUGAAGAAAGGGCCGUGGACGCCGGAGGAGGACCAGAAGCUGCUGGCCUACAUCGACAAGCAUGGACAUGGAAGCUGGAGGGCUUUGCCGGCGAAAGCUGGACUCCAGAGGUGCGGGAAGAGUUGCAGGUUGCGGUGGACCAACUACCUGAGACCCGACAUCAAGAGGGGGGAAUUCAGCAUGCAGGAGGAGCAGACCAUCAUCCAACUCCAUGCUUUGCUUGGCAACAGAUGGUCUGCAAUUGCCACCCAUCUGCCUAAGAGAACGGACAAUGAGAUCAAGAACUACUGGAAUACGCACCUGAAGAAGCGGCUGGCGAAGAUGGGCAUCGAUCCCUGCACGCACAAGGCUAAAAGUGACGCCCUCAGCUCCGCCGACGGCGACUCCCGGAGCUCCACCAACCUCAGCCACAUGGCGCAGUGGGAGAGCGCGCGCCUAGAGGCAGAGGCGCGACUUGUGAGGGAGUCCAAGCUCCGUGCAGUUUCCAACCCAGCCGCCAUUCUUCAGCACCCAAUGGGCACGGCGGCAGCAUCACCCUCCGCGGCCAAGCCCAGCCUCGACGUGAUCCGUGCGUGGCUGGUGAAGCACCAGCCCGCGGAGCAUGGCGAAAGGUCAGACCUCGAGUCACCCACCUCCACGUUGAACUUCGCGGAAAGUCGGCUGCUGAUGGCGGCCGCGGCUGGCAGAGUGCCCGGCAAUGCGACGGCCGGCGGCUACCAAGGAGGUGAGAACAUGGAGCCAGAGAUUAGGAUCGACAGCUUUGCGGGAUUCUCUACGGAGCAUUUCCUCGCCGGCGGCGGCGAUGGAGAAGCGCCGUGGCUAGCGGAGACAUGCGGAUGGGGCCAAUUCGGAGCAGGAUUCACCGGAAUGCUUCUAGGUGAUAAGAAUUCCGGUUGCUGUGGUGAUUCUUACACGAACAAUGGCUGCGUUCCAGAGGAAGAGGAAGAAGAAGAGCCGGUGGAUAAGGAAGAACUAGUGGAAGGAGGAGAGAACAAGAGCUACUGGAACACCAUUUUCAACUCCAUCAACUCUUCGUCGUCUUCCACCUCCCCGCCAGUGUUCUACAAUUGAACUCCAUAGCUAUGACUGCGAUUAAGUUCCUGCUUGCUUGUUUCAAGAACUUCACUGCAGUGCUUCCCUCCAACUGAAUCUACAAGAAACAGAAAAGAAUAAUAAUAAUAAUAAUAAUAAUAAUAUAAAAUUAAGUGCUUGAAUGGUUCUAGAUUAUGAUUUCUGUUUGUUUGAAGCUAGCUAAUGUAUCACUUUGCUCAUACUUUUAUGUAUCAUGCUAUCGAUAAAGAAAUUCAAUGUUAGAGAGACAUGGUUGAGAUCCA